AUGUUAAAGAUAAAGAAUAUCUUUGGUAAAAAGAGGCAGACACAUCAGGAUGAUAGGUUGAAAGUGCCUGGUUUUGGUGUAGUGGAGGACGCUGGUAGUGGAUCCACACUGAUGGAGGGUUGCUUGUCGUCUGAGAAUGACAGAAGUGAGCAAUCGUUGACUAAUUCGGAUGAAACAGCUGCCGAAGGUGAGCCAGCUGUGGAAGUCGACGUCGAGGAUAUGUUUGAAGAAGACUCAUUGAGUACCAGCGCAAGCAGUGAGGAAGGAAGUAGUAUUGAGGAAGUACCCGAGGGCCAUUUUGAAGAGCAGGAAGAGUUAUUGAAUUAUACUUUGAUCAAUCAGAUUGGUGAAGGUGCGUUCUCAAGGGUGUUUCGUGGUAUUCCACAGAAGAAUAGUCCUAAGGCUUACCUUACGCGGAAUUUCACUGAAGUUGCGGUUAAGGUGAUUCAGAAGGACCCAAAAGGUGGGUCUGAUAAGAAGAGUGAAGAAACCAAAAAGAGUACAAGGGAACAAGUGCUUAGAGAAGUCAAGAUUCAUAAGUUGAUUUCUUGCGGGAGUGGUAGUAGCAAUCUGGUACAAUUUGUGGAUUUCCAAGAGUCGGAAAACUAUUUUUAUAUCAUUCAGGAGUUACUGAGCGGUGGAGAGAUCUUUGGAGAGAUUGUCAAGUACACUUACUUGAGUGAAGAUCUUUCCCGUCACAUUAUUAAGCCCUUAGCGUUGGCUGUUAAACACAUGCACCAAAUGGGUGUUGUGCAUCGUGAUAUUAAACCCGAAAAUUUACUGUUUGACCAGAUAAAAUUCGUACCGUCUAAGAAAGUCAAGCUAAGGAGGUCUGAUGACCCUACUACUAAGGCCGAUGAAGGUGAAUUUAGACCUGGAGUUGGUGGUGGCGGUAUUGGUUUGGUUAAAUUGGCAGAUUUCGGACUUUCAAAACAGAUACAUCAAACAAACACAAAGACUCCUUGUGGCACCGUCGGUUAUACAGCACCAGAAGUGGUAAGGGACGAAAGGUACUCGAUGGAAGUUGAUAUGUGGGGGAUUGGUUGUGUUUUGUACACGGUACUUUGUGGUUUCCCACCAUUCUACGACGAGAAGAUCGAUAUCCUUACGGAAAAGAUUGCUCGUGGUGAGUAUACUUUCCUGCAACCCUGGUGGGAUGAGAUAAGCGAUGGGGCAAAGAACUGUGUGCGUAAGUUGUUGGAAGUUGACCCUGCAAAGAGAUACAGUAUUGAUGACUUGCUCAAUGACGAAUGGUUAAACACUUACGAUUCUGUACGCGAGUUGAAGAGACAGGCUCGUGCUUUAGACCAACAACGCAAGUCCAAGAACCACAUGAAGAACAGAGUUUACUAUUUGAAGAAAGACAACCCACUGAUGUAUUCACCCGCCGCUAACGCCAUGCGUGAUGCAUUCGAUGUCAGUAACGCUCUACAACGUAAAGAAAUCGAAAAAAGAGAUCACAAACUACAGCAACAACAGCAGCAGUACGCUGCGAUGCAAUCACUUACUGAGGGACAGGAAGCCCUAGGUACAAAUCCAGAUCUGGAAGAAGAUUUGUUUCAACUCAAGUUGAAUUCUUCCACGAUUAUCAAGAGAAGAAAGGAAAACACUUUUCCCAAUCAACGUAACAUUAUGAUUCCAACUUUAUUAGAGUAA